AUGGGUGCAAAAAUUGUCAAACUGAUCAAUGAAGACUCUAGCCUCGAGGACGGCUCCGACUUUGACAGAGUGAGAGAUUUGGAGGAAGGAGAAGAAUCUUCAUCAUGGGAUUCCUCGAGUUCCAGUGGAGUCGAAGAGGUUUACGACAGUGAAAACUGCUCAUCGGAGUACAAGCCGAGUGGAGAGGAUCCGUAUUUUGUGGAGAAGAGAUUCAUCGCCGGGUCCAACCAAUAUUUCUACAAUAUUGUGAAGAGAAAAUAG